AUGAAAGACUUGCUACAACGGCUGACGGUGGCCGUGUAUGCUACCACCGGUGCUGUCGCAGCGACUGCAAAGCAUGCGUAUCAAUUCAAUUCGGUGGCAAUCACAGGAGGAGGAUAUAUCACGGGUAUCGUGGGACAUCCCACGGAGAAGAACCUCCUCUAUGCGCGGACAGAUAUCGGUAGCACUUAUCGCUGGUCUCAAGAGGCGAACAAAUGGAUUCCGUUGACCGAUUUUCUUGGUCCAGAGGACGAGAACCUCAUGGGCACGGAGAGCGUUGCCAUGGACCCCAUGAAUCCUGAUCGCCUUUAUCUGGCACAAGGCCGAUAUUUGAACUCCAACCAAACGGCGAUUUUUGUGUCGGAUGAUCGGGGCGCGAGUUUUACACGGCAUGAGGCGCCAUUCGCAAUGGGCGCGAACGAGCUGGGUCGGAAUAACGGCGAGCGGUUGGCUGUGAAUCCGUUCAAGACGAAUGAGCUCUGGAUGGGAACCCGCAAUGCGGGAUUGAUGAAGAGUGUCGAUCGAGCGAGGACAUGGACAAAUGUUACCAGUUUUCCGGACACGGCUACCAACGGCAUUGGAGUUACUUUUGUGAUAUUUGAUCCGGAAAACGAAGGGACUAUUUACGCCGGGGCGUGUGUUCCCAGUGGGUUGUAUGUCACCACGGACUCGGGAAAGACCUGGAACGCCUUGCCUGGACAGCCGAAAGCAUGGGACAAGUCGCUACUCAAUUAUCCCAACGAGACACAGCCGCAGAGCACUGCACCGCAGCCGAUGAAAGCAGUGCUCGCGUCGAACGGCGCCCUCUACGUGACUUAUGCGGAUGCUCCUGGUCCAUGGGGAGUUGCAUACGGAGCCGUGCACGUCUAUAACACCACGUCCUCGAAAUGGACUGACAUCACCCCGUCCGCAAAGAAUACUUCACCUGCGCCUUAUACGCCCCAAGCCUUCCCUGCGGGUGGAUAUUGCGGCCUUAGCGUCGCUGUAGAUGAUCCCGACACCGUUGUCGUGGUCUCCCUUGAUCGAGACCCCGGUCCGGCGCUUGAUAGCAUGUAUCUCUCGCGUGACGGUGGUCGCACAUGGAAGGACGUCUCCCAGCUGUCCACUCCAUCCGGUAGCGGUGGGUAUUGGGGACAUCCGAUUGAGGAGGCAGCUCUGGCAAACGGCACCACAGUCGAAUGGCUGAGCUUCAACUGGGGCCCUCAAUGGGGAGGUUACGGGGCUCCAUCGCCUGUUAAAGGUCUGACCAAGUUCGGAUGGUGGAUGACGGCUGUGCUCAUUGAUCCCAGUGACUCGGGUCAUGUCAUGUACGCGACAGGCGCGACAAUCUGGUCUACCGAUAACAUCUCACAGGCGGACAAAGACUCAGCGCCAGGAUGGUACAUUCAGGCACAAGGUAUCGAAGAGACCGUGGCACUCGCUUUGAUUAGUCCCCCGGCUGGCCCGGCAAAUCUAAUCAGUGGAGUGGGCGAUAUCAAUGGAUUUCGUCACGACAACCUCGACACUCCUCAGCCAAUGAUAGGACUGCCUGCCUUCUCAAACCUCAAUACGCUCGACUGGGCUGGGAAGAAGCCCGAAAUAAUAGUUCGCGGUGGACCAUCUGGUCACGAAUAUGAAGAUGGCUGUGGACAAGCAGCAUAUUCCACAGAUGGAGCUGACAGCUGGGUGAAGUUCGCAACUUGCAUUCCGGGAGUGAACACCAGCAGCACAAACCCAGGUGUGAUGGCCCUCGACGCUUCUGGAAAAUUCGUGGUCUGGACCUCGGCCAUGGCGGUUGUCUCCCCUACCCUGCAGAGUCCUAACGUCCCAGCCACCGACUCGGGGCCGUACUUGUCGCACGACUGGGGAAAAACCUGGAAAUCGCCUCAUGGACUAUCAGUUCAGACGCCAUACCUCAGCGCGGACCGUGUUAAGCCAAAGACCUUCUACGUGUUCACCGACAGUGUGUGGUAUCUUAGUACUGACGGCGGGGUGUCAUACAAGGCCUCGAAAGCGAAGGACGUUGGUCUCCCCAAACAUGAUGGCGCCGUUCCAGUGGUGAACCUGAACCGAGCCGGAGAGGUCUGGCUCGCUCUAGGAGACCAGGGAGUGUACCAUACAAGCAACUUCGGACGUCGCUGGAAGCGCGUCACAGAUCGAGGAACAGUGGCCGAGCUUAUCACAGUUGGCGCGGGGGUGAAGAAGAACCAGCUUUCUUUGUUCAUUCGCGGCCGUCCAUCUCGCACUCCCAAGUCAGCGCACGGAAUCUACCGCUCAGAUGAUGGAGGUGCGUCAUGGGAUCGCGUUGAUGAUGAUACUCAUCGGUAUGGCGGGUUCAAUCUCAUCCAGGGCGACCCUAGAGUCUACGGACGGGUUUACUUGGGCACCGGUGGACGUGGUAUUUUGUACGCGGAUAUUGCGCGUGGACGUUCUGACAAGGAAGGGAACGUGCCCGGAACAGGAGGAAUCUAG